UUUUUUUUAACCUCCUACCGUCCUCUGCUGGGAUUUGGGAUCUACCUUGUGGGAUUUUUUUUUCUUCUUCUUCUUUUUUAAUUUGUUGAAUUUUGCAUUUUUUCCGUCCCGCCGGGCGCACGUGGAGGGACGCGUGGAUUUUAUCUUUUUUUUUUCACUAACAUGAUCUUGGCAAACGCCUUCUGCAUCGUCCUCUUCCUAGAUGAGCUUCUCCUCUCUCUGGCCGCCCCCCCGUCCCCUCCGGGGCAGGACCCCCAUGGCUGGCGAGUGCCCGUGGACUGCGUGCGAGCCAACGAGCUGUGCGCUGCCGAGCCCGGCUGCAGCUCCCGGUAUCGCACCCUGCGACAGUGCCUGGCCGGUCGCGACAGGAACACCAUGCUGGCCAACCGGGAGUGCCAGGCAGCCCUGGAGGUGCUGCAGGAGAGCCCCCUCUACGACUGCCGCUGCAAGAGGGGGAUGAAGAAGGAGCUUCAGUGCCUUCAGAUCUACUGGAGUAUUCACCUGGGGCUGACCGAAGGAGAAGAAUUUUAUGAAGCUUCCCCCUACGAGCCGGUCACCUCUCGUCUCUCUGAUAUAUUCAGACUUGCUUCAAUUUUCUCAGGAAUGGAGCCUGCAGCCAACUCCAAAAGCAACCACUGCCUGGACGCAGCCAAGGCGUGCAACCUGAACGACAACUGCAAGCGCCUGCGCUCCGCCUACAUCUCCACCUGCAGCAGGGAGGUGUCGGCGGCCGAGCCCUGCAGCCGCAGGAAGUGCCACAAAGCCCUGCGACAGUUCUUCGACCGCGUCCCCGGCGAGUACACCUACCGCCUGCUCUUCUGCUCCUGCAGGGACCCGGCCUGCGCCGAGCGCCGCCGCCAAACCAUCGUCCCCGCCUGCUCCUACCAGGAGAAGGAGAAGCCCAACUGCCUGGACCUGCGCGGCGCCUGCCGGGGCGACCAUCUCUGCAGGUCCCGGCUGGCUGAUUUCCACACCAACUGCCAAGCUUCCUUCCAGUCCCUGACCAGCUGCCCUGGGGACAACUACCAGGCGUGCCUGGGCUCCUACGCGGGGCUCAUCGGGUUUGACGUGACGCCCAACUACGUCGACGCCAGCACCACCAGCAUCACCAUCUCACCCUGGUGCUCCUGCAAAGGCAGCGGGAACAUGGAGGAGGAGUGUGAGAAGUUCCUCCGAGACUUCACGGAAAACCCUUGUCUCCGAAAUGCCAUCCAAGCCUUUGGCAAUGGCACCGAUGUCAACCUUGCCCCCAAGAACCCUUUGCCCCCCGUCACCCCACCGCCCAGGAUGGAGAAGAGCCCUGCCUUGCCAGAUGACAUCAACGACAGCAACACCAUGUAUGACAUGAGUGUCAUCACCACCUGCACUUCCAUCCAGGAGCAGGGACUGAAGCUAAACAAGUCCAAAGAGCAGAGCCUGUGCUACUCAGAGACCCAGCUCACCACGGAUGUGAUGCCAGACCAGAAGACCUUUGUGGACCAGAAAGCCGGUGGCAGCCGGUGCUGGGCGGGCCGGAUCCUGCCCCUCCUGCCCAUCCUGCUGCUGGAGCUGGUGUUAUAAUAGAGGGGUGAGGAUGGCAGUGGGGACAUGGGGACACUGGCACAAGGACACACCGGCAGCACCUGCUCCCUCCUCGGUUCCUGCCGGGGAAGGGAGGGAUCGUCACGUGCUGGAGGCUUGAAAGGCUCCAAAACUCCGGGAACGCCGAGCCCGGAUCCGCUGGGUGGCAGGAGGACCCUCACCACGCUGGGAAGCUUGGGUGGUUUUCUUCCUAUUUUUUGGUGGUUUUUUUUUUUUCCUUUUUUUCUUUUGCUCUUUUUUCCUGGUGUGUUGGUGAAGCAGGAGUGGUGCAACCCCCCCCCCUCCACCUGCCUCGCACCCGGGGAGGGAAAAUCAGCACUGGGGCUUGGGAAGAGGUUGUUUGUAGCACCCGGGUUAUUCCCAGCCCGGGGGGAUGGCAGAGGUUUCCACCCCAGAGCAUCCCAAAGGAUGGACUCGCCAUCAGGAAACCCUUCUGCAUCUUGCCAGGGGACUCCCUCGAGCUCUUGACCUUGUGGUUGGGGUUUAUUUUCCUUUCCUGGGGUUGGUGAGAGUUUAGAAAUGGAAGAGCCGAGAAGUCGUUCCGACGUCGUGAGCGUGUCCUGCUCGUUUCCAUCCGUCACUUGGAGGGGGGAGAAGCAUCCUCUUGGGUUUCUGGUUUGCUUUUUUAAAACCUUCACAUUGAAUUUGGGUUGGGAUCUGACCCAUCAGUGGGGCAGGAGCUUCUCUAGGUCCCUCUCCUUUCUUUUUCUUUAUAUAUACAUAUAGAGUGUAUGUAUAUAACACCCACCUACAACUAUGUAUGUACAGACAUAACCAUAUACAUCUCCAGUGUGGCUUUUUCAAGUUCUUUUUUUUCCUUGAUUAUUCCUUUUUAAAUGCUCCAAUGGCAACAACAACUUAAAAAAAAAUUGUAUUAUUGUAAAGUUUAUUUUUUUUAAUAAUGUCUAUAAUGGAAAACAAAUGAUAAUAAACCAAGAACGACCAAGCCAGGCCCAAAGUGGCACCGAAAA